GUCGAUGCUAAUAAUAAAAGCACACACACACCACGACACCAGAGGACAGACGCCACAGUGACGGAGUGUACACCUGCUGUUGCAGACCCUAAGAGCUCUAAGCAGAGGCGAACCAUGCCUUGUGCGGAAGGUGGGCUGUACCUUCAACAGGACAGAACGCCGCAAGACCCUCAUGGCCACGUCUGCCAGGGAGGAUGUGGAGGGCGGCUCCACGGCAAUUGCGGCAGCGUGUUUGACGACAUCAAGACGCACCGAAUAUGCACCACGUGGGUUACCAGGAUUGGCAAGCGCAAAGCGGCAGCAGCUGGCGGUGCUUGGGCGGGACCAUCUAAACGCCAGAAGGACAAGAGCGGUGGGAGCAAGAAGGGGGGUGUUCGUGCGCGCCCGGACAACAACACGAAGCUUGAGAUUCUCAAGCUGCUGGAUGCGAAGGUCUCUCGAGUACAGAUUGCAGACCGCUUCGGGUGCUCGGAGCGGUUUGUUAGGACUGAAGGCUGACCGGAAGAAGGUGGAGGCUGCGACUGCUGCAGUCGGCGGCAUCCAGAAAACCGCGCGCAAGGGAGACUUUCCGGAGGUGGAUGCGAUAGCUCUUUAUUUGCUCGCCAAAGCCCGGAAGGCCAAGAUGCCCGUCAUACGCGAUGUCCUUCGAAGCUUCGGCCGUUCCGCCAGGACAACCCUGCUGGCUGACACCGCAACUUCAGCAGCAGUAAGAGCGAGGAUCGAGGACUUCAAGGCCGGCGAGAAAUGGGCAAAGAACUUCGUGAAGCGCAACAACAUCCACAGCGUGAUGCUGGCUGGAACGCACGUGACAACAGGCGGCGGGGAGGAGGACGAAGAGGAGGGCAGCGGCGUUGACAACACGGGGCCCGAGCGCCGUGCUCCACCUGCUUAUGCUGAGCUGUCGCCUCACUCCAGCGUCCUAGAAGCGGCAGCAGAUGAGAGUGGCAACGGAGACGCGACGUUCUUCCUAACGAAAGCGAACAUGGCAAUGAUUGCAGCGCAUUCCGCUAAGCGGGUGCGCCAGGCAGACAUGAGAGUUUGUUGCUCCUACGGAGUAAGGGGUGCAGCUGUUGUGCCCGGUAUAGUGCAGAGGCGCACCAUGCCUUGUGCGGACGGUGAACUGUGCCAUCAGCAAGACACAACCCCGCAAGCCCCUCAUGGCCGCAUCUGCAAGGGAGGGUGUGGCGGCCGGCUCCACGGCAAUUGCGGCAGCAUCUUUGAGGACAACGAAAUGCACCGCAUCUGCAGCAAGUGCGUCGCUAAGCCUGACAAGCGCAAAGCGGCACCAGCUGAUGGUGCUGGGGCGGGAUCCUCUAAAUACCCGAAGAAGACGAAGGGCGGGAGUGAGAAGGGUUCUGGUUCUCGUGCGCAGCCGGGCAACAACAAGAAGCUUGAAAUGCUGAAGGCGAUGGAUGCCAAGGUCUCCUACGCGCAGAUUGCAGACCGCUUCUCGUGCUCGGUUCGGUUUCUUGCGACGGUGAGGUCUGACCGGAAGGCGAUCGAGGCGACGGCAGCUGCAGGCGCCGGCAGCCAGAAAACUGCACGCAAAGGAGAUUUGCGGAGGGUAACCCUGCUGGCUGACCCUACGACUUCUGAAGCAGUGAGGGCGAGGGUCGAGGACUUCAAGGCCGGCGACAAGUGGGGAAAGAACUUCGUGAAGCGCAACAAAAUCCAGCGCGUGAGACUUCAUGGCGAGGCUGUUAGCGUCGACAGCGCUGCCAUCAAGGAGGGCAUGGACGAAAUCAGGGCCCUUUGCGCGAAGUACCCCGCUAGGUUCAUCUUCAACGUCGACUCGACAGGCAUCCAGUGCAAGCUCAUGCCCAGGCGCACGUAUCUUUCCUCGAAAGAGGAUCGGAAGACGGCGCGGGGCUCCAAGAGCAUGUACUUCAAGGAUCGACUAUGUGCCAUCAUGUGCUGCAAUGCCGACGGCACAGCGAAGACCAACGCGUGGUUCGACUCCGCGACGUUCCUCAAGUGGUGGCUUGAAGUCUUCCUCCCGUUGGUUCGGCGCUUCACUCACGAACCUGUGCUGCUGCUGAUGGACGGCUGUUCGUCUCACGGUGAUCUAGUGGAUGAUCGGGGGCAAGUGACCAUGAAGAUCCUCCCUCCGCUGUGCACCUCGGUACACCAGCCCAUGGAUCUGGGGAUCAUUACCAAGACGAAGGUCAUCUACAGGAAGGAGCUGCUCGAUGCGAAGACAUCAACCAUGUUGGUGGCUGACACACUUCGUGCUGAAGCCAAAGGCCGCAAGAUGAAGGCCGGGACAAUGGGGUUGGCGCGAGGGUACCAACCUCACCUGCAAGACGCCGCUGAACUUCUCACGAAAGCAUGGGCCAGCGUCACCGCCCAGGACAUUGCUAGGUGA